AUGCCAUCUACGUCUGCAACUCUGCUACACCCUCUGGCGAGCACUACGAUCCCCACCGCCACCUCCAUUACAGCGAAGCAGAGUCUCGCGUCCACUACCGGCGCAAACCGCUGCGCGCCUUCGACGCACAUAAUCUGCCUCUCUUCCUCCUGCGUCAAAGACACAAAGUGGGACCGGGCCUUUUGGGGAAAAUCAUGGACGGAGGGUAGUUCGGGAUCGGCAUGCCACGCUGGGAAGGGCGAAGACAAGAAGCAGAUAAAGAUACCCAGUGUAAGGCCCAGGGAGGGAAUAAUGACCGAGCAGCGGUUCAGGGAGAUGGAGGAGGCGAGGGCGGAGGCUGUUCGGACUGUCAAGGGCGAGUAG